AUGUGCCAAACUGAACUCAAAAGACUGGCGGAGGCUGAGACGGAGCAGCUCGAUUGUGCAGGCGCCGUCUGCCGUCUCUCCAACCUGGGUCCCCUGGGAUCCUCAAACCUGGAGGCUUCUUACAACCCCCAGCGUGUCAAGCCGACCGCCGCAGACGGCGGCGUCGCGCUGGAGCUAGUCGGCAUUGACGGCACGCGCGUGCACACGGCGGACGGCGACAGCCUCUAUGGCAUGUUCCAGUGGUCCGCGCUGCCCAGCUCCGCCCUGCGCAGCGACUACCACCAAGAGACGACUGAUUUUAGUGAGAUCGA